UGCAAAAUUCCGUAAGGUGUUGGUGUUAUAUCUACGUAUUUUGCCAUCGUCAAUGGUAUAGCAUUGUUUGGUUUCCUCUUGAAAAUGGCUGCCGUAUUGGACGAGGUCGGCAAAUCUGCCGAAAAAUUAGUAGAUGAGGAAAAAGACGAAAUCGUUGAUGAAGAAGAUGAAACUGGUGCAGUAGAAGCUUCGAAGAAGAAAAAAAAGAAGAAAAAGAAGAAGAAGGCUGGAGCUGGUGAAGCUAGCGCAGAUGUUCCAGAAGGAGAAGAAACGAAACAAGAUAAUAUAGAAGAAGCUGAUAUAGAUGCGACAGAAAAUGAUGCAGAAACAGAAGAUGCUAAGAAGAAAAAAAAGAAACGCAAACCACGUGGAAAAACUGGAGGUCCUAAGCAACAAACAGAUCCUCCGACUAUUCCAGUGUCAGAAUUUUUCCCAGAUGGGAACUUUCCGAUAGGGCAAAUAAUGGAUCAUCCCUCUGCUGCAGGAGUAGAUGAUAGAACAGCUAAGGAUCGCUUUUCUAGCGAAGAAGCACGUGCUUUUGACAGAAUGCAUAACGAUAUUUAUAACGAAGCGAGGCAGGCAGCUGAAGCUCAUAGACAAACUAGGAAACAUAUUAUGAAAUGGGUGAAACCUGGAAUGACAAUGAUAGAAAUUUGUAACGAGUUGGAAAAUACAGCAAGAAAAUUGAUAGGAGAAGAUGGACUAAAAGCUGGACUAGCGUUUCCAACUGGUUGUUCAAGAAAUCAUUGCGCCGCUCAUUACACUCCGAAUGCUGGCGAUCCCACCGUUUUGGAGUACGACGAUGUUACCAAGAUAGAUUUUGGUACACACAUUAACGGACGAAUCAUCGACUGUGCAUUUACAUUAGCAUUCAAUCCGAAAUACGAUAGGCUCAUUGAAGCGGUUCGUGAUGCUACAAAUACUGGAAUUAAAGCUGCUGGUAUCGACGUUCAACUAUGCGAUGUUGGAGCUGCGAUUCAAGAAGUUAUGGAAUCAUACGAAGUUGAAUUAGAUGGCAAAACUUACCCAGUAAAAUCCAUAAGAAAUCUUAACGGUCAUUCAAUCGCUUCAUAUCGUAUCCACGCUGGAAAAACUGUACCGAUAGUUAAAGGGGGUGAAGCUACCAGAAUGGAAGAGAAUGAAUUUUAUGCCAUUGAAACUUUCGGAUCUACUGGGAGAGGAAUCGUUCACGAUGAUCUAGACUGUUCUCAUUACAUGAAGUGCUUUGACGCCGGUUUCGUUCCAUUGAGAUUGCAAAGUAGCAAAUCCCUACUCAAUGUUAUCAACAAGCAUUUCGGUACUUUGGCUUUCUGCAAGCGAUGGUUAGAUCGUGUUGGUUGCGUGAAAUAUCAAAUGGCUUUGAAGGAUCUAUGCGACAAAGGUGCAGUAGAGGCUUACCCACCUUUAGUCGAUGUGAAGGGAUGUUAUACUGCUCAGUUCGAGCAUACCCUCGUUCUACGUCCAACGUGUAAAGAGGUUAUUUCUCGUGGAGAUGAUUACUGAUAUGUCUAUUGUUCUCGAAUCGCGUUAUGUGUGCUCAUUAUAUCUUCUAUCUGACAAUGUACAAGUUGAUUUACGUAAAGAUUACGUACACACUGACGAUAAAUGUUAUUAAUAACGCGAUAUUUAAUUAUACAUCUCAUUCAUUGUUUUCUCUUUGUCGAUAGAAACACUAUACAAUGGUGAUAAGGCAAAACAUUGUGAAAUAUUAAAAAUAUUAAAAAUAUGAAAAAGUUACAUAUUUUUUUAUUUUAUUUUUUAAUCUAGUAUUGGACUAUGAAUAAAGGAAAAUGUUUUUACGAAUAGUCGAAUAAUCGAGGUUGUGCUAGUAUUGCGAGCAACGCUCUUUCGUUUGUUGUUAUUUUUCUGCACACUUGUGGAGAUGAAAAGAGGCAUAUAUUAUUAUUGACGUUGAAUAAAAUAUAUUUAAUAUUUUAAUUGCUUCAAUAUGAUAAUAGUCUUAAAUAUUACGAUUAGUUUGCACAAAUCGAAGUUUAAUGUAGUCAACGCGAUAACAUUACAAUUUCUGUUUACAUUUACACGUCAACUUAUUAACGAGAUUCUUUAGUGUUUCGUAGAAUUUUUUAUUACGAUUAUUUCCAAAUAUCACGGUUACCUUUAUUCUAUUUCUGAAACAGUAGAAGAAGAUGUACGGUGAUGCACUGUUACCAAUAGAAUACUUGUUAAAUUCGAAUGUACCAUCACGUUCCUAUAAUACCUUGAUUGCAACAAUAUAUAUUUUAUUCAUUUUAUGAAUUAUAAACAGUGGAGUUUAAUAAAUGCUGCUAUAUCAACCUA